GAGUCAUGUGACUGCUGCCUGACACGUGACUAGUGUGUGUCGCGUCACAAUGGCGGUGUGUAUAGCUGUUAUCGCGAAAGAGAACUAUCCUCUGUACAUACGCAGCAUUCCUACGCAGGGAGAACUGAAGUUCCACUACACAGUGCACACUUCUCUGGAUGUAGUGGAGGAGAAGAUCUCUGGGGUGGGUAAAGCCCUGGCUGACCAGAGAGAGCUUUAUCUGGGACUGCUAUAUCCAACGGAGGACUACAAAGUGUAUGGCUAUGUGACCAACUCUAAAGUGAAGUUUGUGAUUGUUGUUGAUUCGUCCAACACAUCUCUGCGAGACAACGAGAUUAGAAGUAUGUUCAGAAAACUACACAACUCCUUCACUGAUGUAAUGUGUAACCCAUUCUACAAUCCUGGUUAUCAAAUUCAAUCCAAGGCGUUUGACAGCAUAGUUUCAUCUAUGAUGGUGCAGGUCCCCUGAUAUGAUUCUCUACACAUCAGUGUCUCUUGUAUAAUUUUUGCAUGUUUGUAAAGUCUGUCAGGUGAAAAUAAAUCUUGAUUAUUCUU